AUGGCAAAAAUGAACGUAUCUCAACUAGCAGAAAAAAUGUCUCAGUUAGAAGAAACAAUCAACUAUAAAUUCAAAAAUCCUGCUUUACUACGACAAGCACUCACUCGACAAAAUGCCAUCAUUGAACAACAUAUCGAUGCAAGUACUCAAAAUUACCAGGCAUUAGAAUUUAUUGGGGAUGCGGCGCUAAAAUUUAUAAUUGCUCGUUGUCUAUAUAAAAAAUUCGGUGAAAAUUGUACAGAAGAUACGUUACAUAAAGAAACAACAAAAUUAAUAACAAAUAAAGACGUUUUACCACAGAUAGCUCGUCAUAUUCGUUUUAAUGAGCUUAUUGUUAAAGGUAAAGGUGAAAUUUCUAUGACAGACAAAAUGCUUUCUGAUGCACUUGAAGCUGUAUUGGGUGCAAUUUCAAUUGAUACAGAUAAUCUGGAAGUAUUGUUUAUUGUAGUUGAGAAUCUCUGGAAGUCUUAUUUAACUAAGCCAACUGAAAUACAAACAACUUUGCCGAUAAAAAAGAUGCCUUUGAAACCCCUCGACGCUUCCUCCAUUACUCUAGAAUAUCGACGAAUGUUUUCUAGUACUAAUCCUAAGGUCCCUGCAAAAAUAUUUUGUAGAGUAUUAGAUCGUGUACUUGAUGUAAACCAACGUAAUAGCGGAAAGAGGGGUGAUACUGCAUUAAUGAUGUUAUUGCGUCACAAGGAAUUAAAAGAGGAUACAGAGUUGCCUAAGAUAAAAGCGCUCAUAGAUCGUGACGCACUCUGGACAGCUUCGAAUAAUUUGGGAUUAACAGCAGAGGACUUAGCAAAAUCUUUGGAGGGACGUAUAGAGAUUCUAAGUAAAAUCAAAUCGAUGAGUGAUCAACCAUCUCUAUCUGAAACUGUAUCAACAAAAAUAAAAAAGAACAUACUUCACACUGCAACGCACUCGUCACUUCCCGCACAGUAUCAGCGAGUAUUUACUACUAUUAAUUCUAAAUCUUCAGUUGAGCAGUUACGUAAAACAGUAACUCAAGUCAAAGAUAUAAAUAGACAAAAUGUUGGAAAAAAAGGGGACACAGCACUAAUGAUGUUAUUGCGUCAGAAAACAUCGAUAGAUUCGAUAAAAUUGCUCAAAAUAAAAGCAUUGUUAGAAGCCGGUGCACUUUGGACAGCUUCAAAUAAACUUGGAGAAACAGCGAAAGAUUUAGCUGAAAGGCAUAGUGAUUAUAAAGAAGUAAAUUUAGAAAAUUUUAUACGUUUUUUUCUUCUAAAUUAUUUAGUGUUUUGGAUUCAUGUCUUUGUAAUGGGUUUGGCUAAUAGUUCAAUAUCACGUAAAGAAUCUGUAAGAGGUUCAUCGUCAUUUGUUGAAAAAUUAACUCAUGAACGUAUAAAACAACUUGAAAAAUCGAUUGACUACACGGAAAAAGAGAUUCGUGAGCAGUAUAAAGAGUUUUGCAAAGAAUAUCCAGAAGGUCGAAUAACCAAACAAAAAUUGUAUGAACUUUACAAAAUCCUUUAUCCUCACAUAUCUCGUCCAACAUUGUUCGAUAAUGCAUUUGCCAUCAUAGAUUCCGAUCAUUCGGGUUCGAUUGAGUUUUCAGAAUAUCUGAUAUUUAAAGCGGCACAAGAAAGAGAAAGUCAAGAUCCCGAAGCAAUUUUAAAACUGGCGUUUGACUCUUUGGAUCAAAAUAAUGAUCAAUAUAUAACUAUUCAAGAAUUAAAACGGUUUACCAAAUAUGUUUUGAGCCUGAGCAAUAUCAGAAAUGAUCGGUUACAACCUAAUGACCUUGCCAAAAUGAUGAUGAAAGAGAUGGACGAUAAUAAUGAUAAACGGAUAUCAAAGAAAGAGUUUUUAGCUGCAUGCAGAAAGCAGUCAUUAAUUCAAAAUAUUGUUAAUCAUGAUUGGAAUGGUGAACGAGAUCGAGAUUUACCUGGGUAUCCGAAAUUACAAACCAAAUAA